UCUUCUCACAAUUUCCGAAUCAACAGACACCAAACUCUCUUUCUCAAACUCUCGUCUCCUUCGACUUCACCGCAACACCGCUCCUCCGUCGCCGUCUGUUGCGGAAACUCCAGCAGCCUCAGCUUGCCGCCGCUGUCACCAUCCAGCAGCCCAUUCACGCCAGUUCUCAGCACAAAGAAUGGAAGAAGCUGCUGCCGCCGCAUUGCUUCAAGUUCUAUUUCAAAAGCUCAUCGAGUAUGCCAGGGAUCAGGUCUCUUUUGUUCGAGGUUUCAGAAAUGAAGCAGAACAGUUGACUGAAAAUCUGGACAUGAUCCAGAAAUUCUUGAGUGAUUCAGAGAGGGGCUCCAUCGCUGGUGAGGCUGUCAAGAAGUGGCUCACAGAUCUCGGAAAUGUGGGGUUCGAUGCUGACAAUGUUUUGGAUGAAAUCAAAUAUCAUCAACUCUCCAAACAAAGCAAGGCUAUGAUUGCCAUCAAACCCAUGAAACAAAAGGUAUUCUCAUGCUUGUCAUUCUGUCUUCGUAUUUCACGUGCUUGAAGUAUGGCUCUUAGAAUCCAACAAAUCAAUCGGAAUUUGGGGGUCAUUAACAAAAGGGCUGCCGAACUUGGCCUCGUCGGGAGACUUGAUGCUGCUGUGCCCACUUUGCCUGAUGUUGCUCGUGAAACUGACUCGUUCUCUCUUGAUCCUAUUUUUAUUGGAAGAGAUGAGAUGAUGUCAGAAAUAGUUGAACAGCUUACUGCUUGUAUCACAACUGAUGAACCUAUUUCUAUCCUUGCCAUUGUGGGAAUGGGAGGAUUGGGAAAGACAACUUUGACUAGGGAAGUCUUCCAUUUUAUCAAAGAAAAGAAUCUGUUUGGAUCACAUAUUUGGGUGCAUGUUUCUCAAAAUUUUGAUCCACUCAUUCUUUUCAACAAAAUCCUCAAAGGAUUGACUUCUCCUGAACAAGUCGAAAUCGGGGAUAAGGAAGGUGUUUUGAAAAUACUUAACAGUGCUUUAAAAAAUAAAACAUAUCUUCUUAUUCUUGAUGAUAUUUGGAAUGAAAGUGUUCUUACAUGGGAACAAUUUUUUCAUCCCUUGUUGCGCGUUAGUUCUAUGAAAGGUAAUGCGAUUGUUGUUACCACCAGAAGUAUGGACGUCGCUUCA